CGUGACUUCUCCCCCCUCGGGGGAAGAGAUAUAGCGUGAGGGAAGUGAGUUUCUUUUAGUGCCUGACCUCCAGAGAGCAAUAUGCUGGCUUCCCCAGCAUGCUUCAUCUUAUUUCUUCUCUGCCAGCUCACAGGGCCAGCUGCCUGUGGAGUCCUGAAGAAGCUAGUUGGCGCUGUUGGGGGGUCUGUGACUUUCCCUCUGAAUCUCUCAGCAAAUAUGAUUGACAGCAUUAUCUGGGUCUUCAACACAACCACUUUUGUCACCAUACAGCCAAAAAUGGCAGACAAAAAAGCCCUUAUCAUAGUGACCCAACAGCGUAACAAGGAAAGGGUGGACUUCCCAAAUGAAAGCUAUUCCCUGAAGCUCAGCAAACUGAAGAAGAAUGACUCUGGUGCCUACCGUGUAGAGAUAUACAGCUCAACCCUCCAGAAUCCCCUCAGCCAGGAGUAUGAGCUGCGUGUCUAUGAGUACCUGUCAAAGCCCAAAGUCACUGUAGGUCUGCAGAACAAUAACAAUGGCACUUGUGUAACCAAUCUGACGUGCUCCACGGAGGAGGGAGAAGAGGAUGUAACUUACAGCUGGAUAUCCCUGGGGCAGGCAAACAAUGAGUCCUAUGGUGGCUCCAUCCUCCCCAUAUCCUUGAGGCGGGAGAAAAGGGACAUGACCUUCAUCUGCCUGGCCAGGAACCCCAUCAGCAGCAACUCCUCAAACCCCAUCUUUGCCUGGAAGCUCUGUAAAGGUACUACUGGCGGCCUGGCUACCUCUGGAAUCUUCAGCAUCCUGUUGUCGUUCAUACUGCUCUGUUUCCUUGCACUGAUGCUAAUUAUUUUGAUCAUACGACGAGAAAGAAGAAAAGCAUCCAUCGAAGAGAAAGGGGGAGUGGGCACUCAUCCGGAAAUUCUUAGCUGCAGCCCCCCUUCUGGAGAGACCCUGGAAUAUGACACGAUCCCUCACCUUAAAAACACCAUUCCAGAGGAAAAUUCGCUUAACACACUUUAUUCCACCGUGCAAAUACCUCCAAAGGUCCUCAUAUGGGUCCUAGGCGGCAAGCUGGUCUGGGGUAUAUAGGCCCAGCUUAUGGAUGUUGAAAUCAAGGCCAAGAAGAACAAGGACACUUGCCUGAAGAUCCUCCACACUUCAGUAUGCAUCCAAGGCUAGAACAAAAGCAGUGCCCAUUCCACCACUCAUUAGCCCUGCAGAGGAUGAGGAAGAUGGGCUCAAAGCUUGAGAGGGGUGGAUUCUCCUCUUCCCAACGAUAAAUAGCAGAAAGGGCAUAACUUUGGGCUAUGGGUAUAGAGCCCUACCUGGCAGAGUGACCCUCACCAAAGACUUCAGUCCCAUCAGCCUCUAUUUUCUUAUCACUAAAACCCUUAUAGGACUUGUAAUAUCAGGAUUAUAUGAAACAAGCAUAAGUGCUUAGCCUAUUAAUAGGAGAUUCACAUACAGUACGUGAUGCUUAGGGAAGAAGAUAGUACAUUAAAAAUCAUUAGUGACCCAAAGGCAACUCAGGAUAAGAUGCAGAAGCAUUAAAAUGGAGACACAGCCCUCAAAAGAGAGGUGUCUAGGUUCUUUGGCUGGAAUUAUAAUUAGAUUGAUGGAAGAGAAUAACAGGAGAAAAACAAAUUUUAUACACAAAAGAGACCUCUACAAGUACAAGACUCAAAGGCAGUCAGGCAAUUGAGGUUUAUAGACCAGCCUGAGCUAAUGGAAGAAAUGGGGGUUUGGGACUUCAAAGGAUGGAAGACAACUCACAGAAAGACAAGAAGAACAGAUAUUUGCCCUGCCAUAUCCGUAAGUCUUUCAGAUAAAAAAUUGUCUCUGGUAUUAGCUCUCUUUCUGGUACAGGCCCCAUUUCUAAAUUCUUUUAGGCAGUUUAGGGGGAGGUAAAAAGCCUUUUCUGAGUCAGCUAGGUCUUGGGUGCCUUCACUUCAAAAUAAUCUACCUGCCAAAGUGGUACAUUUUGGGGUGGCAUAUCCUGGCCCCCUUCACUGGUGUUAAAAAUAAUUAAACUGUUGGAGUUUCCGUUGUGGCUCAGUGGUUAACAAAGCAGACUAGCAUCCAUGAGGACAUGGGUUCGAUCCUUGGCUCACUCAGUGGGUUAAGGAUCUGGCGUUGCCAUGAGCUGUGGUAUAGGUCACAGAAGUGGCUCAGAUUCCUCGUUGCUGUGGCUCUGGUGUAGGCCGGUGGCUACAGCUGCUUUUGGACCCCUAGCCUGGGAACCUCCCUAUGUCACUGGUACGGACUUAAAAGACCAAAAAAAAAAAAAAAAAAGUGUGGAAAAAAUAAUUAAAUUGUUUAUGUGAUAAAAACAAAAUUUAAUGAAGUGAAAAAGUCUCCAUUUGGAGAACUGCAAAGUGGACAGGAGAGAGGAAGCUUUUUAUAUAAUAAAGAACAAGAUAAAAACGGAACCUAUCUGAUUGGCUGGAGCCACAUAGUUAGACUUGUUUGGGGUGAGAAGGACCAGAAUUGGCUUGGCCUUUAGGAAUUGAAUGACUGGAUUACUGCAUUUCUGACCAAGCAGAGCAUUUGUAGAGACAGAAGUUAACUGAGUUUCAGUUUGCUGACAUGACACCCUGCGCAGAAGCAGCUCCAUCUUGGACCUAGAAAUUUGACUCAAACACUGGCUUACAGCAUGGAGGGGCAGGAACAGAGGAGGAUCAUGUUUCUCCCUACCAAGGGUUAGAAGAACUUAAAAACAGGAGUUCUGGUCAUGGCUCAGCAGUAACGAACAUUCGUGUUCGAUUUCUGGCCUUUCCCAGUGGGUUAAGGAUCCAGUGUUGCUGUAAGCUAUGGUGUAGGUAGCAAAUGAGGCUCAGAUUCCGUGUUGUUCUGGCUGUGGUGUAGGCCAGUGGCUACAGCUUCGAUUUGACCCCUAGCCUGGGAACUUCCACAUGCUGCAGAAGCAGCCAUUAAAAAAGGAACUUACACACAAGAACACAAUGCUUCUUGAGCAAGAUGGGAUGAGAAUUACCUCACCUGAAAAGGGAACUAUGACAAGUACAUACAAAAAUAUGUGUUACUUUGCCAUGUGUGAUAGUGAAGUUCUAGAAACUACCUAAGAAUCUGGCCACAAGAAAAGGUCAUGUGAAUGCAGACAUUAGUGAGGCAAGAGAUAGAGGUUUCCCAGGCUGAGCAACUGGAAUCUGUCCCCUGUGAACAGAUACUUCAAGAGAAAGAUGAUGGCAAGAGCAAGGAGGAGCUUCGUCCUGCUUGGAUAAAAGAUAAAGAGACCACAUAAUCCUCAUUCUUGAAGUCAAGGAGACCUCCGAAACUAUGUAGAAAGGUUUCUCAGGCAUCAGAGGAGGGUGGGGGCCCCAGACCAUAGUACAUUGUGUCAACUUUCCAGAAAGCAGGGCGCUAGAAUCCACCCUGGCUAAAAGAUGCUCACGCACACAGGGGAGGGCCCUGGCCCAGACCAAAUAUGGACUCAAGGCCAAACAAAGCGAGAUGAUUGGCCAGAGGAAGCCCAGAAAGACUGCUCCCCAUAUAGUGAUUUAAACUACCUUCAAACUAUGUGGCACUUUCUCUUUCUCUCUUUCUAUCUAUCUCUCUCUGCCCCCGUUCCCAACCACCUGUGCUUUCUCUGUACGUACCUUCUCUCUUAAUAAACAUUUUGCCUUACUACUAUCACUCUCUUUGCCAAUUUUUUUUCUCCAGAAGGACAAGAACUGGGAACCUACGACAGGCCUGAUGGCUCUUGAAGUCCAGUCGUUAGAGUUCAGUGCUCUUACCCCACAACCACCCCAGAAUAUUAGGAAUUCUGGAUUAUAAACUAGAGAGAGGAGGAUGAACAAAACCCAAAGUUGGUAGAAGGCAAGAAAUCAUAAAGAUCAAAGCAGAAAUAAAUAGAGACUAAAAAACAGUAGAAAGGAUCAAUGAAAUUAAACGCUGGGUCUUUGAAAAGAUAAACUAACUUGAUAAACCAUUAGCCAAACUCACCCAGAAAAAAAAAAAAAAAUGGGAGAGGGCUCAAAUCAAUAAAACCAGAAAUGAAAAAGUGAAAGUUACAGCUGACCCCCUAGAAAUACGAAGGAGCGAAAGAGACUACUACGAACAACUGUAAGACAAUAAAAUGGAUAAUCUAGAAGAACUGGACAAAAUCUUAGAAAGGUGCACUCUCCCCAAACUGAACCAGGAAGAAAUAGGAAAUAUGAACAGAACAAUUUCCAAUAAUAAAAUUAAGUCAGCAAUUUAAAAACUCUCAACAAAGAAUUAUGGAUUAUAAAGCUAGAAAAUGCUAUGACAUUGAAAGGUAGCCAACUGCACCAUACCCAAAAUAUGCCUCUUGAGCACAAGGAUUAUUUUGAGCUGAUUAUUUUUAAGAAAUAGUAGGCACAGGAGAAGCUCUGACAACCAAGCAGAAGUCACCCUUUUGUAAGGGACGUGCAUAUUCAUAAAGGAAAUCUCCAGGAGUUCCUGUUGUGGUGCAGAGGAAAUAAAUCCAAUUACUAUCCAUGAGGAUAUGUGUUCCAUCCCUAACCUUGAUCCGUUGGUCGAGGAUCUGGUGUUGCGGUGAGCUGUGGUGUAGGUCACAGAUGCAGCUCAGAUAUUGCGUUGCUGUGGCGGUGAUGUAGGCCAGCAGCUGCAGCUCCGACCCGACGUCUCACCUGGGAACUUCCAUAUGCUACAGGUGCAGGCCU